AUCACCGCUAAACAGACCCUCUUCCCUCCUCACCGCAUCCCCGGUUGAUCCCCUCUGACGUCAGUUCCCCGGCGGCCGACAUAACCCUCGCGCGCCGGGCCCGUUGCGACACAAGUGUUACAGUCACGUGCGCAUCUGCACAAGUGAGCAAGCGGCGCGGUCGCAGCUGAGAGCGAGCACGUUGCUAACAAUCCUCACCCAGCAUCACCACCUUUUGUUCUGCUCCAGACUCCUAUCCGACUGCGCUCUGCUCUGCUACCUGCCGCUCCUGCUGGAUAUUUCCUUCAGGACUACUCUUGCAUCUGCUUCUCUCUCUGCACCGCCGGCUGUUUGCCCUAUCUAGCCUCCCCCCUCAUCCUGUUUGUUCACUAUGGUCGAAGCCCCGGACGGCCACACACCCACCUGGAAGUUCGCACAGUGCUUUGGUGAUAAAGGCGACACUGAGGAUAUUACAGAAGCCGACAUUAUAUCGACUGUCGAGUUUGAUCACACUGGAAACUACUUAGCGACAGGAGAUAAGGGUGGGCGAGUCGUCCUUUUUGAACGGAAUGAGAAUAAGAAGGGCUGCGAAUACAAAUUCCACACAGAGUUUCAGUCACACGAGCCAGAGUUUGAUUAUCUAAAGUCACUGGAGAUUGAGGAGAAGAUCAAUAAGAUCAAGUGGUGCAGACGAACGAAUCAGGCCCACUUUUUGAUCUCGACCAAUGACAAAACAAUCAAACUAUGGAAAGUGUAUGAAAAGUCACUGAAGGUUGUUGCAGAGAAUAAUCUGUCAGACAGCGUUGGCGGGCGGCUACCGAAUCCGAAUGCGCUUGAUAAGUUGCGUUUGCCGCGGAUGACGUUGCACGAUACGAUUAUUGCGGCGACGCCUAAGCGGAUUUAUGCGAAUGCGCAUGCAUAUCACAUUAAUUCGAUCAGUGUGAACUCUGACGGAGAGACGUUUAUCUCUGGGGACGAUCUGCGAAUAAAUUUGUGGAAUUUGGGGAUAUCUGAUCAGAGUUUUAACAUUGUUGAUAUUAAGCCCGCUAAUAUGGAAGAGUUGACGGAGGUGAUUACGGCAGCAGAGUUUCAUCCGACGAGCUGCAAUUACUUUGUGUAUUCGUCGAGCAAGGGCACAAUUAAGCUUGCGGAUAUGCGCGAGAGUGCGUUAUGCGACACGCAUGCGAAAUUGUUUGAGGAAGAGGAAGACCCGCGUGAUAGGUCAUUCUUUUCUGAGAUUAUUUCGUCGAUAUCGGAUGUGCGGUUUUCGUCAGAUGGGAGAUAUAUUGUGUCGCGAGACUAUUUGACGGUGAAGAUUUGGGAUGUUGCGAUGGAGCGGCAGCCGAUUAAGACGAUCAAUAUCCAUGAGCAUCUGCGACCGCGGCUGUGCGAUACUUACGACAACGACUCAAUUUUCGACAAGUUUGAGGUUGUGCUGUCGGGGGAUGGCAAGUCGGUGGUGACGGGAUCGUACAAUAACAAUUUCAUGAUAUACCCGAAUGCGACGGACAGCGAGGCGGAGGAGACGGAGGUUGUGUUGCAGGCGGACAAGUCAGCGUUCAAGGCGAAGCGGGUUGGAGUUGCGGCGCCGAUUGGGGGACGGGGAGCGCGGAAUGGGAAUGGCAGUCCGGGGAUGCGAGGAACGUCGCCGUCAGGACGCGGGAUGGGAGGGAUGAAUGCUGUGCGUCGCGAUAAUGAGGGGACGGAUUUCAACAAGAAGAUACUGCAUAUGAGCUGGCAUCCGCAUGAGGACUCGAUUGCGAUUGCGGCGACCAACAAUCUAUUUGUUUUCUCGACAUUGUAGAUGAAAACAGAAGGAGAUGAAGUGACGAGGGAGGAAGACUGUUGAUUGAGAGGUAUAUAUAUAUAUACAUAGUAGUUUUAUUAUAAACCCGUUCGUUGCAGGCGGAAUUAUGCAAAUUCAAGUUACAAUAAACAACAAUCAUUCGUGAGCAGGCUUAAGAGAAGAAGAAGAGAUCGACGGAGAAGCGAUCACGUGCGAGUUGAGUUGAGUUGGGCGUAGGCGAGCGAGGCUGAGCAGCGAACGGCGCGUGGCUGGAGUGUGGCGGGUGAGUACCGAUGCGGCUUAGGGUGACACGUGCCGAGCUGUUCGAUAAGUGAGGCGGAUGAUAGCAAAGGUUAUGGUGUUUAUAGCAUUGCGGUUGUUUAUAUGGCGAUAGGAUAGAGGUGAAUACCGGAUUGCGUAGAGCAAUGAGCAAUUUCAGCAGCAGAGCCGAGAAUAGCCUGCGCUCAGCCGGAUUGACCAGGAUUGAUCUUGCAGGGCGUAUGCUUAUUCUCCGA